GGAUUAGCUGAUACAGCUAAAAAGAAUUUUGGUGGUGGAAACACUGCUUGGGAAGAGAAGACGCUGUCAAAGUACGAGUCAAGUGAAAUUCGUUUUGUAGAGAUCACAGAGAAUCUGUGUGACAGUAGCAACUUUGAAUGUAACAACAUGGUAGAAGAGCAUGAAGAACAUAUAGAGAAAUGGUGGUUCAAGCUAAAGAAGAAGUAUCCUGACUUGUUUAAGUGGUUUUGCAUAGAAACAAUAGAAGUUUGCUGUCCUGCUGGAACUUAUGGACCAGAUUGCCUUGCUUGUCGUGGGGGAUCGGAAAGACCUUGCCAUGGAAACGGCCACUGUGAUGGUGAUGGUACACGAGGUGGAGAUGGCUCGUGUAGCUGUAACAAGGAGUAUACAGGGGAUUUUUGUUUGGACUGUUCUAAUGGUUACUUCAGUACCUUGAGAAAUGAGACACAUUCUGUUUGUACAGCCUGCCAUUCAGCCUGUAGGACUUGUACUGGUUCAAGUAACAAGGACUGCCAAGACUGUAAAGAAGGCUGGAUUAAAAAUGAAGAAGCAGCUUGUGUGGAUUUAGAUGAGUGUGCUACUUCUCCUUGCAAAGAUCACCAGUAUUGUUUGAACACAGAUGGAUCUUUCUCAUGCAAAGUAUGUGAUGCCAGCUGCAUAGGUUGCACUGGGGAAGGUUCUGACAAGUGUAAGGCCUGCGCACCUGGAUACGUGAAGGAAGAAGAAAAGUGUACAGAUAUAGAUGAAUGUAACCUUCCUGAAAAGAUGUGUGUGAAAGAGAAUCAAGACUGUGUGAAUACUUCAGGUAGUUACAAGUGUGUAUGUUCAGAAGGGUUUGAAGAUAAAGAUGGAACGUGUGUUCAAACUGUAAAAACAGGAGAGGAAGUAGAGAGUGAAACAACUGAGCCCUCACCUGCUGGACAUGAUGACUUAUGAUCUGCAUUCAGAACCAAAAGACAUUCCUUUCUAAAGUUUUAAAUUAUUGGACUAAGCCUCUGCUAGCUGACAUACUGUGGAAAUGGUAUUUCAAUAUGCAGGUUGCCAUUAAGAUUUUUUUAAAAAAUGGUGAUAAACUGCUCUUUAAGCUGCAUUUGUUUAUUCUUAAAUGCCACUUUUUAUAUGAUUCUCCAAGAACAACACUAGAUGGGUUAGUAUAAAAUUUGAAUUAACAUAACGUUGUACCCAGCAGCUGUAAAGAAUUUGCAGGUUUGUCAUUCCAGUGCCUACUGAAAGCUAUCAUCAUUUGGAAGGACUUAGUUGCACUU